AGCCAGCAAUACGGUGCGAGUCGAGACGGAGUGUGACGGUGACGGUCGUGCGGUGGUGCUCCAUGGGAUGUGACUGGAAGUGUACAUUCACCAGACAUCAUGCAGAAGGAGAACACGCCGGGCCCCAGCAACGACCAGCAGUUCGUUGGCCCGUUCCGUUUGGACAAAACUCUUGGAAAAGGACAGACCGGACUUGUGAAGCUAGGCAUCCACUGUGUCACAGGCAAGAAAGUUGCCAUCAAGAUCAUAAACCGUGAAAAACUUAGUGAAUCAGUGCUUAUGAAGGUGGAGAGAGAGAUUGCAAUAAUGAAGCUCAUAGACCAUCCCCAUGUUCUCGGAUUGUCUGAUGUCUACGAAAAUAAAAAAUACCUGUAUCUGGUGCUAGAACAUGUUUCUGGGGGAGAACUGUUUGAUUACUUAGUUAAAAAGGGAAGGUUAACGCCUAAAGAAGCCAGAAGGUUUUUCAGACAAAUUAUAUCCGCCCUAGAUUUCUGUCAUAGUCAUUCAAUUUGCCAUAGAGACCUAAAGCCUGAGAAUUUACUGUUAGAUGAGAAGAAUAAUAUAAAAAUAGCAGAUUUUGGAAUGGCCUCAUUGCAGCCUGGGGGUAGUAUGUUGGAGACCAGUUGCGGCUCACCGCACUAUGCCUGUCCAGAAGUCAUUCGGGGGGAGAAGUACGAUGGGAGGAGAGCUGAUGUGUGGUCAUGUGGAGUGAUCCUGUACGCUCUUCUGGUGGGUGCUCUGCCCUUUGACGAUGACAACUUGCGUCAACUCCUGGAGAAAGUGAAGAGAGGGGUAUUUCACAUACCUCACUUCGUGCCACCUGACUGCCAAAACUUGCUGCGAGGAAUGAUUGAAGUAAACCCUGAGAAGCGACUCACUCUGGCAGACAUAAACAGGCAUCCAUGGGUGACUGCAGGGGGAAAAGGGGAGCUUGAACUAGAGCUGCCGAUGAUGGAAGUGGUUCAAACCCACAUUAUCCCAUCUGUGGAAGAGAUGGACACAGAUGUGCUACAAGCCAUCUCCAGCCUUGGAUGCUUCAAGCAUCGAGACCGACUCAUACAAGACUUACUUGCUCCUAACCACAACACUGAAAAGGUCAUCUAUUUCUUACUAUUGGAACGGAAAAGAAGAAGGCCUGCAAUUGAAGACGAGACAGAACAAGUAGUUGCUCGCGUGCGCGCAGAAAGCAGUGACCCACCUCGCAAGCGUGUAGACACCUGCCUUAUUAAUGGAACUAAUGUCAUGCAGUUUGCACAAAUCAGUGAAGGGUCACCAGUCACUCCUAGAAGACAAAACCUUCAGUCCAGACACCACAACCGUCGCGGCAGCAACCAUCUUAGUGCCAACCUCCAAUCUUCAGUCAACUACACCAAUAACAGUGCCAGCCUUGCCUCACCACUCCCACAAAGAGCAGCAUCCUCACACGCCAACCACCAACAACCACCCUCGUCACCAGUCCCACGUCACCCCCCUACCCUUGGUCAGACCAUCUCUUCACUUACGCCUCCACCGCAGUCGCCAGCUCACUACCAGCGCACUACCCCUCAAGAGACUAAUGAACAGACUUGUGGUAUACCUGUCUCCUCCGGUGGACACUUGGUUGCUUGUACUCCACCAGGCUCUCCUCACACGCCCAACCACUGGCGGUCUCGGCUCACAACCAUCAAGAACAGCUUUCUGGGCUCUCCGAGAUUUCACAGAAGAAAACUACAAGCUUCUUCUGAAGAAGUCGGCCUUACUCCAGAAUCUUCUCCAGAACUAACAAAGAAGUCGUGGUUCGGCAGUCUGAUGACUUCUGAGAAAGAUGAGACGUUCACGGUGCUCGUUAAAGGAAAGCCAUUGGCCUCAGUGAAGGCUGAUCUGAUCCAUGCCUUCUUGUCCAUAGCUGAAUUAAGCCACAGCGUAUCUAGCCCAAUGUCUUUCCGGGUGGAGUACAGGCGAGGCACGGCGGGAGCGGCCAUGUUCCAACGCCAGGUGCGCUUUCAAGUCGACAUCUCCACAGUUUCCAAACCGAGUUGUCCUAAAGAGUACCUGUAUGCAGUCACUUUUACUCUUCUCUCAGGCAAUAUCAGGAGAUUCCGAAGAGUGUGUGAACACAUCCAAUCGCAAGUGUGCUCCCGACAUCCCCCCUCCUCCCCCAGAGCCUCACGCAAGUUCACCACCGAACUCUCCGAGUCAUCAAGCUGCGGAAGUGACACCUCCGACCGAUUGUCCCCCUACCUUGGUACACGACAGGCCGAAUCAGAUAUAGAAUCCGACACAAGCGUUUUUGAUGUCAAAACUCCAAGAGACACCAGCACUGGUGGUGGGCGGCGACGCAGCAGCAGUGUAGUGAAUAACAACAACAAUAACAACAGCAGUGGGGGGGUGACUUCUCCCGAGGCCACUCCCCCUCUUCCCAUCCGGUCAACCAGUGAGAGAACUAAUGUCACCACCAACCAGUUGUCUUGAGAUACAAUUAUCCGCUAUUGUCUAUCAGUACAGAAAUAUAAGCCGCCCUUGAGGAAUCGGUCCAAGCGUCAGAGAGCUCAGGUCAACUGCCCAGUCUCUUCCCUCCCGUUCCGCUUCUAGACGCUUCCAACCUUGUAAUUUUAUUUACAGAACCUAUUGUCAACAGUUAGCCAGCUUUCACUGCUGUUUGUUUCUAUUGGAAUAUUUAGCAUUGCUUUGAAAUAUUAUCAAUAAGAGAAAUGUAUUUACUUGAAAACAUUUAUUACAAUUAAUUGUAUAUUAAUCAAGGGUUAAAUGAAUAUCUAUUGAAUAUGACAAAUAUGAAAUUGUGUAUCAUAUUAGGUAGUAUUUGAUUGAUUUUUAGGAUGAAAUUAUGCAAAUAGGUUUAAAAUACAUUUUGUAACUUUUGUUCUGACUGUGUGUGGUUGGUAAAUAGUUCUCUGCUUAAGGACACUCAGCCGAAACUUGUCUGAAACCUUAAUCAAAGUCUCAAGGAGGUUUGUGUAUUAUUUAUGCUUGAGAUAUUUGCUCCACACUUGUCAUAUCUUUGAUAAAUCUAAUAGCCAUUUGUGGCAAUUCCUGUGGUCUAAAGUCAAAUAAAAGGGAGUUAUGAAACACAAUUGUUAGACUCCAAAAAAAUAACAAAUCGGUUAGAAUUAGUAAAAUACUGAAUGUGGUUUAAAUUUAUUUGUGUGAUUUAAAUUUAGAUUGAAACAGAUUGUAAUAGAGCCAAACAACUACAGUUUGUAUGUAGUGUAAAAGAAUUAUAAAUAACUAUUACCAUUACUCUUUGUCUUGAUCAAGACUUUGUCAGAUAGCUUGGGAACGUAGUCAGAGAAUCACUAUUCACAAUUAAAUAUAGAAAGUCCUUCACACGGACCCCUCUGUCCCUUAGAAUAUAUGCAUAUCCUGACCUUCCCAUGUUUCUUACGAUAAUAUGCUUGAUAUGAUCAGAGAAUAUCAGAUAUGAUAAAUGUACAAUGAUCAGGAUACAGAAAAUAUUCACCUGAUAACACAUUGUUAAGCACUCGGCUCUGUCUCUGAGAGUCGAUGCUUACCUUCCCAAGCCUCUAUGGAUAGCACAAUCCAAAUGAUCAGAGAAUGUAAUUUAUUAUAAAUUAACUGCAAUUAGGAUGCAGAGAAUAUUUUGACAAACCACUACUCCCUAAUUCUGCUCCUAAUUAUGGUCUGUUAUAUGUUGUCUGCGAAUUGAUAUAUGAAAGAAAACACAUUUGCCACCAUUGAGCUGAAGUCAUCAAUUUUAUUAGAACGAGAUCAUAUUUUCAUAUGUAUGUAUAAUUUCAAAAAUAGUCUCUUCAGUUCCAAAUACUUAACAUGCAUAAGCUAAAGAGUUUAUGUAUAUAACUAUAAUUGUAAUGUAAAUCACAACUUUUUUCAUUCUUAGAUCAUAAAAUAAAGCUACCAUGUCUAUUAUAAUUUUAACCUAAAAUUACACUAUUAUAAAAAAAAAUUUUAACUGGUUACGUUUAAAAAAUUGAAAGAAAUAUUAAACUAAAAUAGCAUUGUUUUUUAAAAAAAUAGAAGACAUUUCAAAGAACAGUAAUGAAAAACAAAAUUACACACUUACAUUUAUGGAUAGAAAUAGUGAAUAAGAAAUAAAUACUUUAGUAACAGAAACAUUAAUGAAAAUAAUAAGACACUUUAAAGAGGAAUACUAGAUUAAUACAUUAAAAAGAUAAAAAUGUAAAAAGCAAUUGGGAUAUUCUCAGUAGAUGAAUUUAACUGAAAAUGAUAAUGAGCAGAUCCAGUUAUACAAAGGGUUAUGGGAAUAUUAAGUGAAAGAAUGAACAUAUACCAGCUUAAACUAUGAUAAAACAGUGUGUAAAAAGUCAAUAAUAGCAGUUAAGCAUUAAGGUAAAGUAGUCAUCCAAAAAGGGCUAGUGAAAGGAUUUUGGUUCAAAAAGUUGAUGGACUAAUCUUUUUUGUGAAAUAAAAAUUGACAAUCACAAAGUACUUCAGAACUGGGUGGUUUUACUAACUCACAUAUUCAAAGCUAUAUUAAGGUGGUGUGACCUGUUAUGUUCUCACAGACAGAAAACCAGCAAAAAAUCUAAUAAUUUCUAAUCAGGCCUAUUUUUCAACUUAAUUUGAUUUUGAACCCUUUUAUUGCUAAUAUACCCUAUGAUAAACUAAAAUUAUAUAUGAAAAUAUAUUUUUCUGAAUAUUGCUCUACAUUUUCAUAUUAAUAUUUUAUAAGGGGUCAUUUAAGUUGAGUAUUACUGCAAAAAUACCAUCUUGUAUAGAUUUAGGCCCUUUUGAUAUAAAACAAUUUAAAACACAAGUAUGUCUAGUAAAAGUGAGCUCGUUCUUAAAAGUUGACAUACCAUAUAUAUUUAAUACAUUAAGACAUUUUGUACAAGAAGAUUCCCUACAGAUUUUAGCUGAAUUUGAUUUUUGGAAUUUCGGUGGGUUUUGGUAAGGGGAAUAUAUAAAAUGUAAUUAAUAAAAAAAUGUAAAAUUAUAUAAAACAAUAAUUUUAAUCACAUGUGCAUUUAUAAAGAAUAAAAGUAUGAUAACAACAUAUUUAUGAGGAAGGGGUAAACUUAAAUUGUAAAUGACCGUUUCUACCGAAAUGGUUUUAUAAACUACCACAAUAUGGUUUUAGAUUAAAGAAACUUGGGAAUAUUUAUAGACCAAUAGAACUUUUCAGAAGAUGAUAUCCUUCAACUUAAACGUUUAAAAAGAAAAUUUCCAUUUUAUUUUACAUUAUAACAAAAUUUUUUUAUCUUUACACCUUUUAUAUUGGCCACAUGAAAAUAGUUCAUGGGUCCUAUUGAAACGUUCAGAUAAAGGUAAACUAUAAGUACAAUACUCAGUGCCAUAAACACUUUGAGUGGCAAGUACCCAUUAAAAAUGUUACACCCCAUAGAAAUAUAGAUCAAGUUUGGAAACUUUUGAUAGCAGUUGAUCCUGUAUUUCCAUAUUUAAUGUGCUUGCAACACUGACAGUAUUCCAAAUGUUUACAGAGAGUUUUAUACAUUUUUGUUAUUAAUCCAAUUUAAGUUUUUAAAUUAACAUUAAAAUGAUACCAACCAUUUGAGUGAAAUUUGUGGUUUUUGUUUCUUUUCCAGUAAUUAUAAAUGUGGACUGGAGGCUAUUAAAAAAAAUUGAGUUAGGAGUGUCCCCUCAUUCCUUGGGGGAUUCUUCUCACCAUUCAGAAUUUGCCUAGAAGCAAGUCCUAUUGAUCUUCAAAUUUCACUUUAUGUGCAAUUCUUCAAAAAUUAGCAGGCAUGAACAACCGUAUAUAUAAAGCAAUGGGUAUUUGAGUAACCGAAUUUGACAUUUAUAUUGUGAUAUAUCGUAACAUACAUUUAUGACAAAUAAAAACUUAAAGGAAAGUACAUGCUGCCACUGAAUUUGUUAAUUAAUCGUUUAAGUUUUCCUAAUUUUGUGAUGACAAGUGUGGACCAAAUUAAAGGCCUAACAAUAUAAUUUUAACUGUAUGUACUUAAUCGUCUUGUUUACAUGACUUAGUUGUAUUAUGACAUGGUUGGUCACCGGUAUCAGUGUUAUUGUGAUCUUGUCAACGGCCAGAGAGAGAUGUGCUCUCCACUGCUCACUAGCAGAACUUAAAGAGAAAUGUAAUUUAAUCAUUGUGUGUCUUGAUAUUUUCUAUAAAUAAUUAUUUAGAGACUUUUUUAAGUCUUAUGUUCUUAUGUUACAUGUCGCUCAAUAUUAGGCAAAAAUCAUCAAUUAAUCAAAGACAGGUACACAGACAGAACAUAUGAUGUAAAAAAGCUAUUAUAAACACGUAUGCAAACGUUGUUAAACGACAAGUGAUAAAAACAUAUGUGAAAUGGAGAGCUGUCCAGUGUCCAUUUGUAGUCCCAAUUUAGUGAAAUCAAACAUUUAACUUGUAAUUUGUAACUAAAGAAUCCCAAUCUUAGGUUAGGCACAGCACAACAGAUUUCCUUUUACAUUCCAAAUCUUGUAGAUAAAUGUUUACUAUAUUUUAAAUAUGCUAAGUUUUAACAGCGUAAAGUGGGUAGUUACAAAAUAAUUGAAUAUAGUUAACUAUUUUGUUAUCGGAAGUGCUAACAGAUUGUAGGCUGUAAAUUAGGCUUAGUUUUGUCCAGAAGUGUGAAGAUGUGUAAAGACAGUGUGGGAUCCCAGUAUAAGAGUGAAUAGGUAUUUCUAUACCGAUAUCCACAAGCCUUUGAAAUAUUUUUUUGGAUUUAAGAAAAAAUAUUAACUCUCUAUUUUGUCUGAGACUUGUUUGCUUAAUUACCUCUGUGCACUGUUUUCUAUUGUUAGAUGUAUUUACCAACAAUUGAACCGACAAUAAAUCAGUGUGCAGAUUGCGAGGUUGCUGCCUCGACGCCACGAUGCAUAGUUUGGACUACUCUUUUACAACACAUUAAAGAAUGCAUGUUUACGUUCACUGGAUGUUCUGCUCCGAACAUUACGUUUCUUCACUUAAACAGGCGUGUGUGAGCCUAAGCCAUCUUUGUGAGUGUAAACUAUCACUAAGUGAAUUUGAUAGGUUAGCCAGUAGUUUUAUAUGACAGUUAUUUUUGGAAAUAUUGUCUUAUUUUAGACUGAAAAAGGGCGAAUGUAAAAAUACCUGUGUUGAUAGUUGUGUUGUCGUUAGUUUUUUUAUGUUAUUUUCUACAAAACUUUUUUACGUGUUAGCCAAAGGUUAUGAGAGUUGUUUGUGAAUGAAUUGUAACCAAAGAGCUUGCUACCGAUGUUAUAUAUUUUGUUACUACCUUUUGCUUGUUACCUUAAUGUAAAUAUCAUUGCUUGCACUUAUCCGAUAUGUGCUUAGUUGUUAGUUUGUAAAUUACUCCCAACUAUUGUUAUUUUGUCUAUACAAUGUUGUCACCAUAACAACAUCUUUGUUAUGGUAUAACUUAUAGUGUAAUUAUUAUUUUCAUUCCUUAUGUUACAUAUAAGUUAUAUAUAAAAGUAAGGAAAAUCAAAAUAAAAUGCUAAACAAUGGAGUAAAAAAUAAAAAUAAAACAUUCUCAGUAAAUUGUAGAUUAAUAAAUAACCCUGUCCAACCUAUAAAGUAAACUAUUUUAAAUUUAGCCCAUUGAAUUGUAUACAAAUAUGACCAAUUAAUUGACUUUUCAAUACAACUACCCAUUUUUUAUGCUAUUAACAAAGCCAAAAUGUAAUACUAUUGUAAACUGAAGAUUUUCAAGUAUAGUCUAUCUCAGACUAUGGCCGAAGUAUGCUCUUAUAAUCCGGGACUGAAAAGUUUUCCGCACAGUCUAUUUUUGAACUAAACCCGUAGGUACUAAAUUCAUGAAUUAUCAUUUCUAUUAACUGCUUGAAAUAUUGGAGAAUAAUUAUCCUGGUUUGAAUUAGAGUUGUUAGGCACCAGAACAGUUUUUCUUUAUGGUUGGCAUCCCAUGGGGAAUGAUGAGAAAUCUUUCAUUUAGCAUCAAACCCAGUGUUGUUAGUGUACAGUUCUUGCUCCCAGUCCACAGUUACUCAAUGCUACAUUGAGACUUACCUAUGUGUUUUUAAAUACAACAUUCUACUAUAUUUACUAACCACUUAUUAGUAGUUUUGAGCAAUUAAUUAAUUUUUAAAAAUAUGUUUUGUAAAAAUAAAAAUGCGUUUUGAAGUCA